UGCAAUCAAGACGUAAACCUACAAAGUAACUAAACUAAAAUUAGUUAGUUACUUUGUUAGCUUGGUGCAGAGAAAGGAGAGGGGCAGAGUUUAUUGAGUGUGCCAGGGACUGUGGCACGGCACUUCUCUGUUUUCUUUUGCUGACGGCAGUGUUAGUCUGGCCUCCGAAACACCACAAUACAGUAGUAUUGGAGCAGAUAGGAGUAGAAAAUUUCAGGAUCGCUGCCUGCUGACCAUUAUUUUUCUUCCCAGCACAAAAAAAAACAGCAACAAAUCUCUAGAAAUAUGGAUAGCACAGACUCGCUCAGAAGCAGUGGAGCACUGCGCAUCAUUUAUGCAAUGCACGCCAUUGGAUUCCUGGAUCUGCUUGGUGUGAGUCUAAUAAUACCGCUGGUAACACACCAUGCCCGAUCUCUAGGCGCUAGUCCGUCGACUUUAGGAGCUAUGGGUUCCCUGUAUGGCGCCUUGCAAUUAUUUACAGGUCCACUUGUGGGUCAGUUUAGUGAUAUCUACGGCCGCCAUUCUGUGCUACUGGUGGUCCUGGUUGGAGCCAUGGUUGCCUACUUCAUUGCAGGAAUCAGCACCAUGCUAUGGGUGCUGAUCGUGGCAAGGGUCCUGGCCGGUCUCUUCAAACACAGUCUGAGCGUGGCCAGGACAUGGCUGGCGGACUUUGUUCCGCACAGCGAGCGGCCCAAGCACCUCGGCCACUACAACGCCAUCUCCACCGGGGCGUUCAUCAUCGGGCCGACCAUCGGCGGCCACAUUGCGUCGGCCAGCGAGAACGGAUUCUUCAUCUGUAGCAUGCUGACAGUGCUGAUGUUCUUUCUAGCCUUUUUAUUGACCUUGAUUGUCCCACGCUGGAUACCCGCCAAGAUGGCCAAGGGAGGAGCAGCCGGCAAUGAUGUGCGGCGUCAGGAGUCCGAGGAGAAGUUUGUCGACCCCGAGAUCAGCCCCUCGCAGGUCAGGCCGCUGGAGCUGUUGCAGCAGCUGUGGCACAUCACCUGGACACAGGUACCGGAUAUCAUGCUGAUCCGCUUUGCGAUGGGCUUUGCCAUGAUCCUGUUCCGCUCCAACUUCAGCCUGUUCCUGGAGAUGCGCUUCCAGAGCACGCCCAUCUACAACGGCUACCUGAUGUCGGCGUCGGGCCUGAUGGGCGCCACCUCGUCCUUCCUGGUCGGCUCUGUGACGGAGGCGUACGGCGGCUGUUCGCGCCGCCUGCUCGUGCACAUGGCAUGCCUGAUGGCACUGGCACAGGCCGGCAUGACGUUCGCGCCCAGCUACUCGCUGUUUGUCGUCAGCAUGAUACCGCUAUCGUUAUCCGGUGCGGUGUUUCGCGUGAAUCUUACCCACCUGUCGGUUGACCGCGGCAGCCAGGAGCAGCGCGGCGCCAUGCUCGGCGUGGGCCAGUCGGUGAUGUCGUUUGCGCGCAUGAUUGCGCCAUUCUUCGCCGGCGUGCUCACCGAGCUCGGCGGUAUCCUGAUGCCCGGUGUGGCCAGUAUAUUCUGCGCCGGCAUCGCCAGCGUGCUCAUUGCCACGCGACUGCAGCUGUCACCCACGUCCACCGACGGCGCGGCCAAGAAGAAAUCCGAGUAAUGCCACCGCGUGCACAGGUCUGCGCCGGCAUCGCCAGUGUGCUCAUUGCCACACGACUGCAGCUCUCGCCUACAUCAACCGACGGCGUGGCCAAGAAGAAAUCCGAGUAUUGCCACACUCUGUUCAACUUUGGUUCUCGUGUGGAAUUAUUUCCUCGUUAAAUAACUUGCCUUCAAACCAAUGAAUAUAAUAUUACUUUCUUGAGAGAAAACGAAAACCGUGAAAACUGCUAGUACUACUAGUUCAUGUAACCCACACUAGAAGCACCAGUACAACCUGGAUUGCACUCUUCUUCGCUCGGGAAGAAGCUACAUUUAGUUGAUUUGCAACGGACAUUGUCACUGUUAUUUUCUGUACAUACUAACCUCGCACCCGUACAUAACAUAGUGCACACCUGAAUCAAACUGGCUGAUUUGAGCUAUUUGGCCCGUGUCCACAAGUUAUUUUAUGCCGCAGCCUUCCACUGCAGUCUCAAACUUCCUCUUGAGCAUCUAAGACUAGAUCUUUAAAUUGAGAUACUAACCUGAAUACUUUCAUCUCAAACAAUGAAAUUAAUUUAAUGCUA